UACAAAAUUAGUGGCAUCAUCCAAUAAAUAUUGUGUGAGCUAAUUGCAUUAAUUAAAUUACUUGAAAUUCCGUGCAAACCCAAAAAAAAUAUGUGCUAUUGGUUAAAUUACGUGACUGCUUUAUUUUUGUGUACAAUUCAGAAGGUCUACUGUGGAAACAAUGAGAGGUCAAACGCAACUAUGUCCGGUGCACUAGGUGACCCCAAAUCGACGACGUCCUAUGAGGAGCGACCACAACCCGUCACGCCGGCGUCACUGCCGCGAUCUCUGCCUGACUGCCUGAGUUAUCAGGAUCAAGUGUGCCUCUAUUUCUCGACUGCCGCUAUCUACAUAGUGGCCUUAAUAUUAUGCCUCCUAAUUAUAACCGUACUGUCGAUCCGCAUUUAUUCCUACGAGCAUAAAGAAACGCCAAAGAGAUGCGAACUAGUUCGCGAAGAAGUUACCGACGGAUACGAACCACCUCCGAAUGUUCCAAGCAGUACCGAGAAGCUGGCUCCAAACGAAAACAUCAAAAGUCAUUCGCCGAUUAACGCCCCAAGAAACAAACCAAUGACGGUAACAAAACAGUUGCGGAGAAGUUUUAAGCAGCACUCUUCUAUGACCAUGUCAAGGGCUUUGAGUAAGCCCCCCAUACUGAGACUUCAAAAAGCGAUCGGUAAUGAUUACGCUGCUUCUCUGCCGUCUCGUCAAUGUUGUGUGGUCGUGAACGAAUUCGCUGACGACGAGAAUCCAUAUGAACCACCACCAAUUAUGCCGAAAUCACCUAAGAUGCAACACCUUCGGAAUAUCAAGCCUCGUCCACCGAUACCCGGAUAUUUUAAAGAGACAUCCAGAGGCAACGAGACGCAUCAGACCAGUCCCUCUGCGUCACCGAAAGCCGCCAGAACUCCGACGAGACCUCACGUGGUCAAACCAAAUGUUCGCCUUAACCAUACCAAUAUAUCGUCGGAGCUGAAUACUCUGAUUCAAAAGAAAUUACCUCACGAAUUAUCUAAUAACAAACCGCAGCCCGAACAUUUACGCUCUCGGCAGACACCGUUCAAAGAUCAUUCGAAAACUUCAAGACAAGAAGAUCUGCGUCAGCGUCUGGAGUCAGCGACAAACGGGAAUAUUUCGUCAGACGAGGAAUGGACCUAUGAGCCCAUUCGGAAGAUACUAUAG